AUGCAGGUCGGUUUCGAGGAAAUCGAGGCAGUGCACCCGCCGGCUUGGGUUCCGCGAGGGAGAGACGAUCACCGGUCCAUGCGGACGACAACGAUGAUGGGAGCAAGGGGAAAGGUUCAGCUGGGGUGGGUAUAUGAGAUGGUAGGAGCAAUGGUGAGGAUUAAGAAGAGGAAGAAGCUAGGCAAAGAAAAGGUCAUGAGCGGUCGUGAAAAAGCGGCGAGAUCAGAAACAGCCGGCCAGGUCGCGACAGUCGGAGGUUAUGGUCUUGUACAAGACAGAGGACGACACCAAGGUCAGGCGAGACAUGGAGGGAGGGGAAGGUACAAGAAAAUACAGGAAGAAAGCAAACACUGGAAGACACAACAGAAACAGAAGAAAGCAGUGCAGCACGCAGGGACGACAGACAAAAACGUUCCAAGGUCCAAAGAGAAUGCAGGAUGCAACUGA